CCUCGUGUCUCUCCAUAAGAAAGGAAGGAUCUUUUCUGAGAAAGUAAAGUGAAAAUGGCGAACCCUCCGAAGCCAUGGAAAGCAGAGUAUGCCAAGUCAUCAAGAUCGUCAUGCAAAACCUGCAAGCGUUCCAUCGACAAGGAGACUCUCAGGCUUGGGAAGAUGGUCCAGGCCUCUCAGUUUGACGGUUUCAUGCCUAUGUGGAACCAUGCUUCUUGCAUCCUAAGGAAAGCGAAACAGAUAAAACUGGUUGAUGAUGUGGAAGGUUUGGAGUCGCUUCGCUGGGAUGAUCAGCAGAGGAUAAGGAAGUAUGUUGAAGAUGCAGUUGUAUCGAGCUCCACUGCUGUUCAGAAUGUAGAGUGUGGUGUUGAUGUUUCCCCAUCGGCUCGUGCUACUUGCCGCAGCUGCAAAGAGAAGAUUGCAAAGGGAGAGCUUCGGAUAUCGACCAAGCCUCAAGGUGCCAGAACAUUGUCCUGGAACCAUGCUAAGUGUUACCUGGACACGACAUCAGAUCCCCAACUGGAGAAGUUUUCCGGAUUGGACAGUCUUACAGCUUCAGACCGAGCUACACUUCAGUCGCUUGUGAAGAAACCUUCUGCACCUGGAGGCACAAAACUGGAGCAUGAUGAUAAGGGGGGUCUCCAACAGGCAGAAGCCAAAGGUGGGGCCAAGAGGAAAAGAGCCCUUGAGAGUGAUGAUGCUCCUCUAAGCAAGACCUCAUCUUCCAAGAAUACUAAAGACUUGAAAGAUGAAAAACCUGCCCUGGAAAACCAGUUGGAGAUGCAAAGUAAGAGCCUCUGGGCCCUUAAAGAUGAUCUCAAAAAGCAUGUUACUACAUCAGAGUUGAAAGAGAUGCUAGAAGUCAAUGAGCAAGAUUCAAAAGGAUCGGAACUUGACUUGCGCGCACGCUGGUUUGAGCUCUUUUUCCUAAUUGCUGAUGGAAUGUUUUUUGGAGCACUUGCAAAAUGCCCUAUUUGUUCUGGAUGCCUCCAUUAUUCCUCCGGAAUGUAUAGAUGCUCUGGGUAUUUAUCAGAGUGGAGCAAGUGCUCCUAUGCUUCGCACGAACCUCAACGUAUUAAGGGGAAGUGGAAGAUACCUGAAGAAACAAGCAAUGAUCAUCUUGUUAGGUGGUUUAAGUCACAAAAAGUGAAGAAACCAGAAAGAGUGCUUCCUCCAAAGUCCCCCGGUGGACCAUCAGGCAGUCAAUUUGCUAGUGGGCUUAGUCCAUCCUCCAAGGUUGAAAAUAUUGGAGAUUUGAAGGUUGCCAUUGCUGGAGUACCUGAUAAAUCGGUGGAGGAGUGGAAAAACAAAAUUGAAGGAUCAGGUGGACAAGUUCAUAUGAAGAUUAAGAAAGAAACCAAUUGCCUAGUUGUCUCUGGUAUGCUGGAUAACACUGCCGCUGAGGUAAAAAAGGCAAGGAGGAUGAAGUUACCGAUUGUGAGGGAAGAUUAUCUAGUUGAUUGCAUUAAAAGACAGAAGAAACUUCCUUUUGACUCAUACCGAGUCGAAGCAAUUGAGAAGACUCAUAGCAUGGCUACUAUCAAGGUGAAAGGGCAAAGUGCUGUGCAUAUGCAAUCUGGCUUACAAGAUUCUGGGCACAUUCUUGAGGAUGGAAAGAGUAUCUAUAAUACAACAUUGAAUAUGUCUGAUUUAUCAACUGGUGUUAAUAGUUACUACAUUCUUCAAGUCAUUCAAGAUGACAAAAGCUCCGACUGUUUCGUGUUCCGGAAAUGGGGCAGAGUUGGGAACGAGAAGAUUGGCGGAAACAAGCUGGAAGAAAUGCAUAAAUCCGACGCAAUUCAAGAAUUCAAACGGUUAUUUCUGGAGAAGACUGGGAAUACAUGGGAGUCGUGGGAGAGAAAAGAAGAUUUUCACAAGCAACCUGGCAGAUUCUUUCCAUUAGAUAUUGAUUAUGGAGUAAAAGACUCAUCUAAGAAGAAACAGCUUGAUUUCACAAGCAGCAAACUUGCACCUCAGUUGGUGGAAUUGAUGAAGAUGCUUUUCAAUGUGGAGGCAUACAGGGAAGCUAUGAUGGAAUUUGAGAUUAAUUUGUCUGAAAUGCCGCUGGGGAAACUAAGUAAAAGCAAUAUCCAAAAAGGUUUUGAGGCGUUAACACAGAUCCAAAAUUUGUUAAAGAACAAUGAUUAUGAUCCUACAGUGAAGGAGAGCCUUAUAGUUGAUGCUAGCAACAAAUUUUUCACUGUUAUUCCUUCAAUCCAUCCGCAUGUUAUUAAGGACGAGGAUGACUUUAAACUAAAGGUGAAGAUGCUGGAAGCACUCCAGGAUAUUGAAAUAGCUUCAAAACUGGUUGGUUUUGAUGCCAAUACUGAUGAAUCCAUUGAUGAGAAGUACGAGAAACUACGCUGCCAUGUUUCUCCACUUUCACAUGACAGUGAAGAGUUCCGACUGAUUAAGAAGUAUCUGCAGACUACACAUGCUCCUACUCACACAGAAUGGGCACUUGAAUUGGAGGAAGUAUUUUCUCUUGAAAGACAAGGAGAAAUGGACAAGUAUGCUCCUUAUCGAUCAAAACUCAAAAACAAGAUGCUUCUCUGGCAUGGAUCACGAUUGACCAACUUCGUUGGUAUCCUUAGCCAAGGAUUACGAAUUGCGCCUCCCGAAGCCCCAGCAACUGGCUAUAUGUUCGGGAAGGGAGUUUACUUUGCCGACCUGGUCAGUAAAAGUGCUCAAUACUGUUUCACCGACAGGAAAAAUCCCGUGGGACUGAUGCUUCUCAGUGAAGUUGCCUUGGGCGACGUUUAUGAGCUAACAAAGGCACAGUAUAUCGACAAACCUCCUAAAGGAAAGCACUCUACUAAGGGCCUUGGCAAGAAAGUGCCUUUAGAAUCAGAAUUUGUGAAAUGGAGGGAUGAUGUUGUUGUACCUUGUGGAAAACCAGUGGAUUCGAAAGUGAGGGCGUCAGAGCUUAUGUACAAUGAAUAUAUCGUCUAUAAUACGGCUCAAGUUAAGAUGCAGUUCUUACUGAAAGUGAGGUUCAUCACAAGAGGUGAGACCUUAUUUCAUGGUAGUUAGUUCCUAGCUCGACCUGUACAGUAGUACCGUGGAGAAGGAAACAUUCCCUGUUUUUUGUCUUCGUUCUAGACAUUCCUCGAAUGUGAGUGUGUCCAUGCAACGGUCGACUGGUCUUGUUUCUUUUUCAGCAAUGGGAAUACGAGUUGCAUCUCAUUUUGGGGUUAGCUGGAGAUGCAACUCAUAUUUUGCUUGUACUAAUGAUGCUUCUUUAAUCAGUGAUACUAUGCAUGCUGGAAUGAACCAAAAAUUUCUCACUAAGGAAAAUCUAUUCUAUUUAAGUUA